UUUCAUUCAAGGCUCAUCAAAAAAAUAUUACAUAAUAAAUUAUAGUAAAAAUGUCCACAGAAGCUUUCAGAGUCACAAAAUGUCCUAGUAAUGAUCUUUCGUUAAAAAACAAAGUGAUCGUGAGUCCGCAGGAUUUUCAAAAUGGAUAUAAAUACAUCAGGUUUUGUAAUCGAGGUCAGGUGUACGAUUUCACUUGCCUCCCUGAUCGUCAAGUACAGGAUAAAUAUAUUGGAUUUUCAAUGAUUCAAAGAAAAUGGGCCUACGUUGGGAUUAACCAAGAAGUUCAGGUUGAAAAAUUCUUCCCCACAAAGCAGGAUGAAAUAGUUGAAACCAUCCUUGAAGUGGAUUUUUAUAAAUCAAGAGAAGUCACAAAUGAUCCAGUCAACACAGAUCACAUGGUAGAACAACUCAAGCAUGACUUCGCGCUUCGGUGGUUUGUUCUUGGUGAAACGUUGCUGUUCAGUUUUGCUGGCAUACAUUAUGCAAUUUCGGUUAAAGACAUUAAAACUGCUGCCAAUGAUCACCAUGGUGGAAUUUUUCAGAAAGGCACCAAAGUGAUUUUCCAAGCGGCAGAAAGCUCGCCUAUUUGUCUCACCGGGAAAUCUCAAAGUCGGCGAGCUAGAUCAAACAUUAUUAACCCAGAAUUCGAUUUCACUUCUCUUGGAAUCGGGGGUCUCGAUGAAGAAUUCAAGGAAAUAUUCCGACGAGCGUUCGCAUCUCGCGUUCUCCCACCUGAUAUUGUUGAAAAGAUGGGAGCGAAACAUGUAAAGGGAAUAUUACUGCAUGGACCACCAGGUUGUGGUAAAACGCUUAUGGCUCGACAGAUUGGUAAAAUGUUGAGUGCUCGAGAACCCCAGAUCGUGAACGGGCCGGAGAUAUUGAACAAGUAUGUUGGGGAAUCUGAAGCCAAUAUCAGAAAACUGUUUGAAGCAGCUGAAGAGGAACAGAAAAAGGCCGGAGUAAACAGUGGACUACAUAUCAUUAUAUUUGAUGAGAUCGAUGCAAUUUGCAAACAGCGUGGCUCAGUUGCCGGUGCUUCAGGAGUUCAUGAUACUGUCGUAAACCAAUUGCUGUCGAAAAUUGAUGGAGUGGACCAACUAAAUAAUAUACUGGUCAUUGGAAUGACAAACAGACCAGAUCUUAUUGAUGAUGCUCUAAUGAGACCAGGAAGAUUAGAAGUUAAAAAAGAAAUUGGAUUACCGGAUGAACAUGGAAGGUUGGAAAUCCUUCAAAUUCAUUGCGCGAAAAUGUUCAAUUCGGGCAUGGUUAGUAGCGACGUGGACCUGAGUGAUAUUGCUGCUUUGACAAAGAAUUUCAGUGGUGCUGAGUUAGCCGGUCUUGUACGUAGCGCUCAAUCAUGCGCGUUUGUCCGGCACACCAAAGGUGGAAACAAGGUUCAAGUGGACUAUGAGACAAUUGAAAAUAUAAAGGUCUGCAGAAAUGACUUCAUGGCAGCACUGGAGAAUGAUAUUAAACCGGCAUAUGGCUCGAAGGAAGAAGAUAUCGAAAAGUUUAUGAGAAAUGGAAUCCUCAUGUGGGGUCUCCCUAUACAGAGAGUACUCGACCAAGGAAGUUUGCUUGUCAAUCAAGUGCGAUCAAGCGUGAAGACGCCAUUAGUCAGCAUGUUGCUUACAGGAGCUGUCGGAAGUGGAAAAACAGCCUUAGCAACUAGAAUCGCAGUCGAUUCGGGAUUCCCAUUCGUCAAAAUCUGCUCUCCUGGCGAUUUAGUCGGACAAAACGAAGCGACUAAAUGCCAAGACAUCAAAAAACUAUUCAUGGACGCUUACAAGUCACAGUUGAGUUGUGUUGUCAUUGACGACAUUGAGAAAUUGAUGGACUACAAUCCGAUUGGUCCAAGAUUUUCAAAUACGGUCGCUCAAGCGCUGAUGGUACUAUUCAAGAAUUUACCCCCUCUGAAUCGAAAACUCCUCGUCAUUGCAACAACUAGCAACAUAGAUGUCUUACGUGACAUGCGAAUGGAUAAAAGCUUCGACCAAUUGAUUCACGUUGAUAAUAUAUCAAAACCAGAACAAGUCAUGGAGGCUUUGGAUGCCCUCGAUGCUUUCACUCCUGAGGAGCGCACUCAAAUCGAGCGACGAUUAUCCGGUAAAAAAGUCUGGCUCGGUAUAAAACAACUCAUUCGUUUCGUCGGUACAUCAGAGCAAGCGCAAACCGGACAACGAGUCAACACUUUCCUUGUUUUACUGGAAGAGGACGGUGGUUUGAGGCACGCUUGAGUGAUUCAGACUCUGGCCACCACCCUAACUAAUUUCAUCGCAAAAUUAGACUCCAAUCACAACCUUCGAAAAAGGAGGCCUGAUUAUAACUACUGUUUAAAAUAAUAUUACAUUAUAUCAGACUCUGAAUAUAUUUUAUAUGUUAGUGAUGAUCAGAGAUUCGGUUGAGUUGAUAUUUAGACUCCAAUCACUACAUUGACUUUAUUUUUUGUAAAUUACAGACUCCAAUCACUACUUUGGCUAAAAAUUUUAAAAUAGAAAUUUAAUGAAAUAUAUAUAUUAUAUAAUAUCAUUCAAGCUAUUGCUUUAAAAUAUUGACUCCGACCACCACAUUGACUCUAUUUAUAUCGUAAAUUAUUGACUCCAAUCACCACUUUGGCUUAAUAAAUAAAAACAUAAAUUUAAUGAUAUGUAAUUUCUAUUCUAUGAUAUCAUUCCAGUCAUUGCUUUAAAAAGUUGACUCAGACCACCACCUGGGAAUUGAGGCGUAGUUUCGUUUAGAGACGAUUCUUUGUUAGAAUUUUUACUGUUUUAUUCAAACUAAAUGCUUCAGACAUCCCAGCUUGGCAGAAUAUAUGUACCAUGUAUCCUACUUGUUGAUUCUGUCACAUUAUAUUUUUAGUUGGUGCUUUGUUUAUUGUAGGGAAUUCUGUCAUUCAUAAAGAUAAGGGUUGCGAUGUUUUGGGAUUUACUUGAGGACAUUACUGUCUCGGGCUGAAUUAUAUGAGCUUGACGAUUAGAGCCGAACGGCCAUAUUGUGAGGUGGGUGAAUGCUGAAGUAUUCGUACCAAGAUGGCGCACAACCUGAACAUAGUAUGUUUACCAGGUUAGGGUUGUGCGUCAUCUUGGUACAAGUUACUCUGGAACGCCAAAUCUUCAAUAUUGCCUCUCUAGUGGGUUGGCUCCAAAAACCAAAUUUUCAGAUCUGAUAUUCGUUGCUUGAAAAUCGAGCCAACCAUGGUUCAACACGGCUUCCGUCCUCAGUAAAAUUGAGGGAUUUUUUCCUUAUAAUUUGUGUAUGAUUGUAUCAACUGGAUGAUUAAUAUAUUUAGUGA